CAAACCUCGUCAAAUGCUUUAAAGCACUUUCUGCUAACACGAACUAAUACCAUGAUUAUUGUAUUGCACGAAUGUUGCUGGAAAAAAAGCCUGGAAUAUAUUGCUUUCGGGUGUAUUUCUUAUUAACUUACAAUGAUUGGAAGAAGGGAUUCAUAGAAGGGAUUUACCCGUUGCGUUUCCGGCUCUCAGAAUUAUCACACAUGUACAAUGAUAUCAAAUAUUUGUUUCGAAACCAACUUAAUUUAUUUCUAUGAAUCUAUUUCCACACAUUUCUGCGAACUACAUGUUUACCAAAACACAUCAUGUUCUUAGAACCCAGAAAACGCAUUAUGUUCCAAAAUACAAACCGUAAAAGGUUACAGUCGUUAAUGUAGAUAAAAUAAUGCUUUGUUUACAUAUUGAAUCGCUAUAUCUCCUAAAAUAUCCUAUCUUGUCGGAAUAUUUAUUACUAUUUCAUUUUACUUUACUUCUAAAUGAAUAAGAGAUAGAGUUUAUGUUCAAUGAAAUUUGAACAAUUUUCAAUUAAAUGAGCAGGACCGAUUCGCAGAAGCCGCUGGCUGUAACCUGUCUUUAACGCUUGGGUUUAAACACGGUUAAUGGUUUAAAAAGCUCAUGCACUUACGCUCAUUAUGUGUGACAUAGAAAUUUUAUUAUUGAACAAUGAGAAAGUUAAUCAGUCUUAAUCAGUGGAAUGAUUGAAAAUUCAUUGUACAAAACUAUUUAACUACACGUUGCAUACUUAAAUCCUAGUGUCGGUUAGAUAAAACUGACUUGUGUAAACGAACUAUUUAACUACACGUUGCAUGCAUAGUUAAAUCCUAGUUAACUCAGAAAUACACAACUCUUAUUGGUCAAUUCUGCCUUAACUACAGUUAAAAGUUAGAAGCCACGCUGUAAUCCAUCAUCCAAGAAAUACAAUGAAAAGCUUAAAAAUGUCGUGAACUUAAAGGUUCAAAAAUGUGUUAAAUAUCGGCGCCUGUACGGACUUAAUUUUUUUGGAGAAUAAAUGCACCAAAAAUUACCCAACUCUCUACGUCGGAUUUCCCGUCCUAUAUAUGACAGCUUUAUCCCCCUCCAGGUCUUUUGCCCACUAUUCUAAAAAAUAUUUAUUCCAGGAAAAUCAUAAGAACACGAUUGUUUAUAAGGUAACGUGCAUGCAUGCAUGUGACUGUACGACCUUAUAAACAAUUUCGGUUCUGAUCUUCCUGGAAGCAUUUCUACUUAAAAUCUGGAAUCGAAACUGAUGCGAUUCAUGCGAAAUAUUGCCGGAAGUGUACAAUUGGGUGCCUUUAAAUAUCUCAGAUCUCGCUUUUACUGCUCAAUUUGCUUUACUCUUCUUGCCGUCAUAUCAUGUGAUUUACGCUACGUAUAAAAUGUCGACUUCAUCGAAAGAUAUUAGCGUCAACAUUGAAGGCGAAACGUUCUCUUUGGUAAAAAUUCCCGAUGUCAGGAGCAGCUUAGUCAAAAACUCAAAGGAAGAACUGAAUGGCUUUCUGGAUCUAGCUAGCCUUGUCGAUGACCUUGCAAAGCUUGGUACCCUUAUCCGCGUUGCGUACAACGGUGUUGCAGGUUCUACGAAACUGCAGAUCAAAGUACAGAAAGUUGGAUACAAGGUCACCAAACUAGCGGAUAAGUCUGCUGUUACGGUGCAGAAUUUCAAGAACGCGUCAACCAGCGUCCUCCAAGAGCUUCAAGGCACGUACGAGUUUCUUCUCGACGGUUUGGAAGAGAUGGCACUAGAAACUUUAUUGCUUUUGGCGAAAGUGGCAGAGCAAAUGGCCAAGGCAGCAGAAGAAUUGCACACCGACUUCGAGGCAGCUACAAAUGAUGUCAUUGAUGCGUUGGAAAAUACUCAGAAUGAGAAAGGCUGUCAAGAGGACAGGAAGAAGAAAAUUAAAGAGGAACGAAAAGAAUUCGAGACUAGAAGAAAAAUAGCUGAAGCGCUUCAAAAGGAGUUGGAGGAGAUGUUUAACAAACUGUACAACGAAGCGAACCAGGAGGACAUGAAGCAUUUGGAGGAAAUGAAGAAACAAAGGCAUAUGAGGAUGGAGGUUGACCAGCAAUUAAUCGAGUUCUUGGAGCGAAUAUGGAAUUAUAAGUACAAAGAACACCUUGCAGAUGUUGCCAUUCACGCUUUGCACAACUCCAUUGGUGCCCUGAAGUCACUGUCUACCAUUAUGAUGAAUGCUGCAUUUUUCUGGAAGGAAAUGCAGAAGCACUGCGAGGCUCUGGCAAAAAAGGACAUGCAGCAGAUGGUGCAGAGAGCCAUGAAAUACCCCGAAGGGAAGCGACUCAGAGUGUGGACGUCAAACGCAUUCAAGCAAAGAACUGUUGGUUACUAUGCCAAAUGGGUGGCCUUGGAUGAUGUAUGCCAGGCGUACAUGCUGCAAAUCAAAGAUACACGUAAAGAUCUCUACGCUUCCUUGGAAGACAACCCAACUAUCGAGGAGUCCAGGGAAAACGUGCGCAGGCUUGCUAAGUCAUUUGGGGAUGACUUGAAGCACGAGCAAAAGAAGAUUGCUGACAAGGAUAGCAAAGAGCAGGAGGAAAUAAAAGAAUUAGCUGCACAAAUUUGAUUAUUAUUAUUAUUGACAUUAUAUGCAUGAACUAAAAUUAGUACUACAAUAGCCUGUAGAUUAGAAGAAUGUUUGUUGGAUUAUUUAGUAGGUAUUUGUGAACUAGCCACUUGUGCUAACAAUAAAUUGUUGAACACAGCAGAAGCGGCUAAUUAUAGACAUAGUCAAGUAAUAUUUUUUAUUAUACAGUAUGUCAACUAAUUCUUAGAACUGCAUAGUCUAUGUAUUAAAAUGAACUUUGUUAUUCUUUAUUACUAAUAUGGAAUAAAAGGGUCAAUAUCAGAUUGUACGAUUUGAAGCCACAUGGAUUACCGCCUAUGCAAUAUCUGCAGUCAUAUUUAAUAUUUCUCAUAUCUAUAGACCCAUGUACAAUCCAACCUAAAUAUGAUCUCACCAAUCGUGAAUCUGAUUUGGAUGAUUAACAAAAAUU